CGAGGAAACAUGUUUCAAAAUCUCGUUUAUCUUUACUACUCGUCGAAGUACUGUACUGCUCGUGAAUUUAUAAAAUAUUCUCGAUUUCCACUCGAGCUAUUUAAAAACUCGUAAAACAAAUGGCACCAAUUCAUAAACUGUACAUUUAAGAUUUUUGAUACAGCUAUUUGUUAUACUUCUAGAUUACAAAGCGGUCUUUGAUUUCAGCUUCUCGAAUGUCAAACACAGCCCUCUUUCAAAAUCUACAUAGUAUGACCUUAGAGGGCGUGGAUUAUAAGUGUAAAUUAACUUCCCAGUGCUCUCAAUCAUGUUUGUAUUUCAAAGCUAUGCUUUGUUGUAAAACUACUUUUGAAGCUAUGGUAAAUACGCACUGUCUUCACAUUCCACACGACAAAAAGAACAAAGAUAAACAAGAGUUUCGUUAGUAGAUGAUUUUCUACCAAUACAGAAGUAGCUCAAAACCGGUGAUCUGGACAAAAAAAAACAGAAACCAAAGCAUUGAAGCGAAGCCGACUGUGUCGUCUGUGGUUCGUCGUCGAGAUAAUCCUGAUUAUCUCAAGUGCAUGCGCAAAGGUGAAGUAAAAAGGCUUGCUAUUUGCACGAUCAAUAUUCAACGUAGUAGCGAAAUUAUGGAUAUUGAGCAUCGCUCUCGACAUGACAUGCCCUUGAAUGUGAAGGACAUGGAAAAGGGCACCCAAUAUGAUUGCGACAGCCGGGAUACAAAAUCAAUCACUACACAUAAUGCGAGCGUCGAUAAUGUACCCGAUGCACUACAUACGACCUUGGCUGAAGUUGGACGUGUUGCAAAACGCAGUUUGCGAUGGAAUUCGGCGGCGGAUGAACAAUGACCCCAAAAUUCGAUCAUUGUGGAAUAUGCCUACGGACUAGAUGGAUGUUUUAUUAUUUCCCGCGGAGAAUAUUUCUUCUAUCUUCACAGAUAAUUGAACAAUCGCUCCUCAACAAUCAGUUUUAUAAUCGAUUUGGAGCGGUAUGGAAUAUAUAAUGAAUAUAUUCGUGGAGAUACGUCAAGUGUGUCUUGAGCAUCUUUCUAAAGGCCAAACUACUGGUUUCGCUCCAUUCAAAAAAGUAUUUCGUCAACUUCUCCAGCUCAUUUACGGAGUCAAUGGGCUGUAGAUAUAGAUUACUCUGACCAUAACCCUUGCAAUGGUUCCUGAUUGUAAUCGGUAUCAAGUAAUGUAUAUGAUUAACUCUGAAUCAACUUGAAAUAAAGGUACAUUUAUGGAUUUAAUGUACUUUCAUCACACAG